GUCUCAUCAUCGCAUCACAAUGGUUCAAGCACAGGCUUCACUUGCCCUCGACGACCAAUUGGCCGCUGGCUGGUUUGGCUGGCUGACCAACAAGGGCAUCCUCAAACUCAAUGCGAUUCUCUGUCUUUCGCUCAUCUCCAGUUAUGCCACUGGUUAUGAUGGAAGUAUGAUGAAUGGAUUGCAGAGCUUGGAUACGUGGAAGGCAUCCUUCAACAAUCCCGAUGCCAAUAAACUCGCCAUCUUGAAUGCAAUUCAGAACAUUGGUCAACUCGCAGCUUUGCCAUUCUGUGCCUGGUUCUGCGAUAAAUAUGGUCGUCGCCCUGGCCUUGUUGUUGGAGCGACUAUCAUGCUUCUCGGUGUUGGUCUUCAAGGUGGAGCCCAGAAUACAGGCAUGUUUAUUGCUGCUAGAGGUAUUCUCGGUUUUGGCUUGGCCUUGAACAUUACAGCUGCGCCUGUUCUGAUUAUGGAGUUGGCGUAUCCCACUCAACGAGCGCCCAUGGUUUCUAUCUACAACACUCUUUGGGGUCUUGGCGCCCUCUCUGCAGCUUGGAUCACUUACGGGACCUUCAGAAUCAACAGCGACUGGGCUUGGCGUAUUCCUUCCAUCCUUCAAGCACUGUCCAGUCUUCUCCAGCUUGGUCUAUGCUUCCUCAUCGACGAGUCUCCUCGAUGGCUGGUAGCUCAAGAGCGCGAGCCCGAGGCCGAGAAGCUUCUUGUCAAGUAUCACGCCAACGGAGACAGCAGCAAUCCCGCAGUGGCUGUCGAGAUGGAGGAGAUCCGAACUGCCAUUCGCUUGGAGAAUGACGCUAUGAGCUCCACCAGCUACCUUUCUUUCUUCAAGACCAAGGGUAAUCGCCAUCGUUUCUUCAUCAUUCUCGCAGUCGGCUUUUUUAGUCAAUGGAGUGGCAAUGGCCUCAUCAGCUACUACUUGACCUUGAUUCUCAACUCAAUCGGCUACCGAUCUCAGGAGACACAAACACUCAUCAAUGCGUUACUGACCGUCUGGGGAUUGUUCUGGGGUGUUGUGUUCUCCCUUCUUGUCAACCGCAUUCCCCGCCGAGCCUUGUUCCUUUUCUCGACUCUCGGUUCCUUGGCAACCUACGUUGUCUGGACAGCUCUCGAGGCGACCUACGAGAUGUCAACCGACCUCAAUGAAGAUGGAACUGGAGGCCCAAGUGGCAUCGCCAAGGGUGUUCUUGCCAUGAUCUUCCUCUUCAAUGUCUUCUUCACCGCGGGUUGGGGUGUUCUCCAAGUCACUUAUGUUGUUGAAAUCCUUCCUUUCAACCUUCGUGCAAGAGGCCUUGUCUUGUACAACCUGUUCGUGGCCUGCGCUCUGAUCUUCAACCAAUACGCCAACCCGAUUGGUGUCACGAACUCGGGCUGGAAGUACUACAUUACUUACGAUGUCUGGUUGGCUGUAGAGGCUCUUGUCGUCUACUUCCUGUUUGUUGAAACACGUGGUUUGAGCCUGGAGGAGACAGCAUUAGUGCUUGAUGGUCCCGAGAUGGGAGACAGACUUGUCGGAGAGGUUUUGAAGAACACGGAGAAAACUGUCCAGGUUAUUGAGACUGAGAAGCGAGGAUCCAUAUAA